AUGUGCCCUUUCACUGCUAAGACAUUUCUCUCGGAAUUGCAAAAGCAAGAAUGCGAGGUGAAGUCUCGUGUCGAACGACUUCAAAAGUUUUCAGAACCUACUCCGUACCCUGAAUCCAACGUACCAAAAGCCGCCAAAACUGAACACCACAGCAAGUUCCUGGAUGUUUUGUCCAAGCACAAUGAUCAGGAAGAUCCUAUUGAAAAACUUUUGAAAGAACUUGUGCCACUUAUCAGUACUAUUUUCGAGCUCCAAUUGUUUUUCACAAUUGCAUGUGCAGCAUGCAAACUCCCAGAUUGCGGAUUGAAGGAAAAUCAGCGAAACACAUUUUUGAGGGAGGGUCUCAAGGCAGCAUCUGCCAACCAGAUUAUAAAAAACGAAGAUGAUUAUGCUUUCUGUCAGAUGGCCCUAAAGAAGGCCAAAGAGCUUGGCGCUUUUGCUGUUGGGGGAAAAGACUAUAUCAUACUUAAAAAGCAAUUCAUUGUAAGAAGUUUUGAGCAAACUGAUUUCUUUCAAACCCUGAAAGCCCAGAUCGAGGCAAACACAGCUGCAAUCAAAAAUCUUGACUUUCGCUUGGACCGUCACGAAACUGCAAUCAAGGCAAUCAACCGAAGUCUGGUGGAGUUCAAAAUGGCAUACAGGCGGAAGCAAACGGUCGAGAGAAUUGGAUCCUUCGUAAAGCUCGUUGUCGGAGCUGUCUCAUUUGGAAUUGGAAAUGCUUUGGUCGACAUUGUCAGUCAGUUGAAAUUUGUUGUCGACCUCUCGGACUCAACGAAAGUAAUGGAAAUCCUACAGAAGUCCGGCGUAAAUAAGUUCAAAGCCGUUGAGUAUUUGAAAACAAGCGCGAUCAAAGAUUCAAUUUGUUCGGGCAUCGAUCAAGUUGCAGACAGUAAGCUUGACAAGGCAACACAAAAACAUGUUUGUCUCAAGAUUCUUGCGGUUGCCUCAUCGUCAGUGGAUGCUCCAGGAAGGAAGUCAGGCCAACCACAACAAGGCCAAGCUUCAAGUCAUGCUAAACAGCAUGAUCGGUCCGUUAAGGAAGAUCUCAUGGCUUUUCUGAAAGAGCGCAACGUGGAGGAACUGGCAGAGCCCCUCGCCAAGGCAGGGUUCAGGAGGCUGAAUACAUUACAAAGGUUAUCAGGUCGUGGUUACCGAGACUUCAUUCAAACUCUGGAGAAGGCAAAACUCAAAACUGGCGAAGCAGAGGAGCUUUGGGGUGCCAUCAGCUCAGACAUACACGAUGACGACGACGACGACGACGACGACGACUACGACGACGACGACUACGACGACUACGACGACGAUGACGACCACGACCACGACGACCACGACGAUGACGACGAUGACGAUGACGACGACGAUGACGACGACGACUACGACGACGACUUCCACGACGACGACGACGACACGACGACCACGACCACGACCACGACCACGACCACGACCACGACCACGACCACGACGACCACGACGACUACGACGACGACGACUACUACUACUACGACGACGACGACGACGACGACGACGACGACGACGACUACGACGACGACUACUUCGACGACGACGUUUCAGAGGAGGAAAGCGAUGAGGACUGCAAAGAGGACUGAGGCCUAUCUACCGUGGCCCUUGGAUUCGAUAGACCAACACUGUCACAUGCAGUUGCUAUGGGAGGAUAUUGUUGACUGA